AAUCUUUGCUGCAGCUGCAGCUGCAGCAAGGAAUAGAGUCCCCCCUCGCGCGCGCUCGCGCGCGCGAGGGCGCGCAACCCAAUGACAGAAGCGGGCAAGGCUGGUCUAGGCUGAGUGGAAAGAGCUAGGAGCCGGGAGGCAGCCUGUCCUCCCUCGAGCCUGCAAGGAUGCGGCAGGGGACUGAGACCAUGGGGAGGUGCUAACUUCCUCUCCAACCCCCCAGCCCGGGAUCCGGGCUGGCAUACCCGGCCCCCCGGGCUAGUUUCCUGCCAAGCGCAACCAAGAAGCCAAAGGCGAUUUGGAGGGCAUAAAAAGAAAAAGAGUGGUUCUGGAGAGGGGUGCCCACCUCCAGCGCGGGUCCCUCUGCAAACAGGCAAAGAUAGGAGGGAGGGGAUCAGAUUCUGGAGUGUACGCAAAAUCCUCUGUCUGUGGACUCGCACCAGAGCCUCCCAGAAGACCUGGGCGAUCUGCGCCAUCGUCUUCAAUGCCUCUCUGAAAAGCCUUUAGCAAGACUGAGAGAAAGAGAGAAGAGCGCGCGCCAGAGAGAGGAGCAAAGAAGAUGAGGAUUAUUUGCAGGCAGAUUGUCUUGUUGUUUUCUGGAUUUUGGGGACUCGCCAUGGGAGCCUUUCCGAGCAGCGUUCAAAUAGGUGGUCUCUUCAUCCGAAACACAGACCAGGAAUACACUGCUUUUAGACUGGCAAUCUUUCUUCAUAACACCAGCCCCAAUGCAUCUGAAGCUCCUUUCAAUUUGGUACCUCAUGUGGACAACAUUGAGACUGCCAACAGUUUUGCUGUGACAAACGCCUUCACACAAGAGUCCAAGUACUGCGACUAUCAAGGAACCUUCUACAACAUAGAAGAACUUGGAAUACUGAUUCAAACUACAUUGAAAGCAGAAAGAGCACAACUGGAAAGACCAGGUGAAUAAGUGACCACACUUUGAGGGACUCCAUUUGUGGAGGAACUGCCUGCUUCUUCAGCACAUCUGAAAGCUCAAGGAACUGCAGGACUUCUGAAAUAGGAGCAUGGUCUUAAAACAUAUAAUGUCGCUCACUAAAGAUCUUCCCCACCUCUAUAGAAACUUCUGACAUAAACUUCCUGGCAACUUACCCAAUUUUAUAGUAUUUUAUUCCUAUCUUGUUUGAAAUGAUUAAGCACUUAUUAUAUCUAUGUAGACAUACACUAUACCCAGCCAUAUUUAAAAGGCAUUUCAUCUCUUCUUUCCUCUAAAAGUUUAGAAGCAAGAAAAUGUAUUACUUUUUCCUUGGAAAUUUUUAUGCUUCAUUUCUAAUGGGAAAUCGUCAAGACAAAAUAUUUUUUUAUUGCUGUGACAUCCAAUAAACUAAUAGAAUAUUUGCUGUUUAAUGACAUCAUUAGCCACAAAAAUUUUCUUUGUUUUUCAACCCUUGAUCUGAGAAGACAAAAACUACAUGUUCUCUCUAGAACGUAGAUUCAUUGUGUGUACCUAUGAAGCGAAGCUGUGAUGCUGUAAAUAACUAUAAAACUAUAAAUGACCAUAAGAAGAGACUAAGAGGUGUUGUAUAAGUGAAUGUGGAGGGCGAAAGGUCAUGUGCGCCAUGAAAGGAGGUUGUCUGGGAUGGGCUAGGAUGAGAUGACAUAAAGUAGUAGGAGGCAAAAACAUCUCAAAUAAAUAUUUUUUUUCGGAGCUGAGACCGAACCCAGGGCCUUGCGCUCUACCACGGAGCUAAAUCCCCAACCCCUCAAAUAAAUAUUUUUAAAAGAUUUCAUAAUGAGACUUACUUCUUUGUCUUCUUUAGAAGACAGAGGAAUGAUGGGCUAUUAGAUAAUUAAAUGCAUAGAGAUGACAACAUGGACAGAUGUUAGGUUAAGAGAUAAUAGACAGAAUCACAAACACAUAUAUGAUUGGUAGGUUAUAGAGUAAGAAUAAUACAGGUCAUGGGGUUGGGGAUUUACAGGCCAGAUUGAUAACUGAUAUAUAGAUAAUAGAUGCAUAGAUACUAGAUGAUUAAUGUAUUAUAAUCAAUAUGCAUAUAGAUAAUUUGUAGAUAAUGUAUUGAUAUAUGACAUAUUGAUAUAUAUUAUAAACAAGCGAGCUUAUUUAUAAUCAACACAACAUUUUUGAAAAUGUACUCAUCACAGUUGAUCUAAAAUUCUACACAUGAAAGCUUUACUUGGCAAUACUUACUUUAAAAAUGAGUCAUUAGAUUAGAUAAGAUCCAGACAGACAGACUGUUGAAGAAAGACUGUGCUUCAUGUGAAUUCUGGCUGAGUUUGGCAACAGUUCUGAUUGUAAGAGUUUUCUUUCUAUGCAUAGAUUCUUUUUCUUUACAUUUUUCUUUAUUAGAAUAUUUGUUCUUUCUGUUUUUAACACUAAAAGACUAGUGGCACAGUUGAGAAAGAAGAAAGUAUUCAAGACAGAUGCAGAAAGGCUGUCAUCAAAGUUGAGGCAGCAGAUUGAACUGAUAGGAGAGGAGGAUAGUGAAGGUGACACUGCAGAGGUGGGAUAUCUGUGGAGGUAUGUAGGCUGGCCUGCAGGCUGGAAUAGGAUGUGAUUCUUUAUCCUGGAGCAGGAAAUAAGAGUCAUUUUAAGCAGUGCAUAACAUAAUUACAUGUGUAUUUUAGAAGGAGUCCUCACAGUCCUGAUCAUCAUUCAUGUAUAUAGCAAGGUCUGUUCUGUUCUCAUACAGAGUACUAUGCUCAGCAGCCUCAUAGACAAGAAAUGUAAUUUGCUACUUGCCUGAUUCUGGGGAACUGCUGCUAUAUGUAUUAUGCUCACAAUUUUUCAAUGAGAGCUGUAACACCCAGCAACCAACUCUUUGCUUAUAAUGCAAACCGUAGGUCUUUGCAACUAUCAACUACAAGCCUGGUCUCAUUAGACCACACUGACUGGAAGAGAUUUGACUUUUUUUUGUGAAGAAACAAAAUCAAAGCCAAGAAAAGUGUUCAGAUAACCAAAUCUCCUUACAUAUUAUUACAGCUGCUGUAGAACUCAGCAAACUCCAUGAGUACUUAAAUUUCAUAUGACCAUCUUUUUUUAAUUGCUCUAUGAAAAUCAAAUCAGUUUUAGCUGGCACAAUAAUGUAUGGUACAAUUUUGACUUACUACACAGUCAUAUACUAUAGAGGAGUAAGAACAAAUUUCUAAAGAAAUGAGUUAAAUAAGAAUAAUAAUAAAAUGUACUGUUUUAGUGUGUGUGUGUGUGUGUGUG